AUGGGCUCUUUGCCAGGCGUCGUUUGCGAGCUCUGCAACAGAUGGUUCCCCAACGCCCAAGUUUAUGGCGGUCAUAAGUCACGGCGGACCCCUUGUCAAGGGCUUUCCGCCGUGGCAAGGCCCUCGCGAUCUGCACCGUCAGCCGGUCUACACGCUCUGCUAUUCGUCCACGACAUUCUGUCGGACGCUCCAGCCGCUCCCGCUACACCUACAGCGUCUAACGCAUCCAACGCCAUCGGUGAGAGCGGUCCUCCAAGCGUGCCUGAAGCUCACAUUGACGAAAAUCCCACGGCUGUGAACGAGGGGGCUCCUGAAGAUGAACAUCAACAUCAACCUGGAACACCUGCGGCUGACAAGAGUGGCCAUCCUGAGCGCCGCCCCGAAGGUAAUAAUGCCGCGCCGCCGACAAUCAGCUCCGGACAGAGCAAUGCCACGCCCCUCAAUCCGCUCGCGUUGAAGCUGCUGCAUUUCGUUCGGCGCGCGAAUGGCGGAAUGGGAAUGGCCGAGGUUGACAUCAACGGCCUGCUUCAGCUCGUGGUAGAGCCCGGCCUUGCGCCUCUUGUGACCUCGGAGCUCCGGAACUGUAAGGAUCUGGAGCGGUUCGAGUUGGAGCGCUUGGCAGGGCUCAAUUGCGGAUGGUCAGUGGCGACCUUUGAGAUUGCCGGUCAUCCACCACAGCGCCUGCUCUUCCAAAACUCUGCCCAGGUAAGCCGACUCUUAAUUCUGGGCUGUGAAAUGCUGAUGUGGCAAACGGGGUUAGCGUGUAUUGUAUUAACCAUACUCCCACUUUCUCCGCCACUAACCAUGCCCCUCCUCUCCCCUGCCUUCACCACCGUACACCAGGCAUUCGCAGAAAUGUUUCGGCAUCCCAACGAUGUGCCUGGCUUCAAGCUCAAGGCUCGUGUUGAUGAGGACCCUGACACGGGCGACCGUCGCUAUACCACGCCCGAAACAGGAACGUGGUGGAAUGAUGCUCAGGUAAGGAAAUACCUCGUUGCCACGCCAAUCCCGAUCCUUGCUCAUGCCUCCAUCGAUGCACUGAUGUGUCUGGAACAUCUUGAGUGUUUGACCGUGUGUCCGUUGCCGCUUUGUCAUGCAUUGCAGGAACACUUCGGAUGGUCCGAAGUUGUGGGGGGAAUCAUCCUGUAUUCGGAUGUGACGCACAUGAGCAACAACGGCCGGAAGAAGGCGUGGCCGCUCAUGAUGACGCUUGCCAACAUUGCCCAGGACAAGCGAAGGGGGGAAGCCAGGCACACACUACUUGCCCUCCUUCCUAUCCCCCCGUCUGCAAUGUCUGCCGUGGAGAAGGUGAUGCUCUUCCAGAGAUGCGUCAUCACCGUGCUGCAGCCGCUUCUUGAUGGCAUUGCAAGCGGGUUCCGACUCAGGGACCCUUUCGGUGAUUGGCAAACCGUGUGGCCCCUGCUGUACGCCUGGGUGUGCGACUACCCCGAGAGCGGCAAGAUCAGUUGCACACUCUCGCAUGGGUUGCGGAUGCCGCGCAGCAUCUGCUAUGCUGCAAAGGAGCAUCUGGGGGCUGUCAAGGCACGGAACACGCCGCGCACGCCUGAACAGCAGCAAUGGAUCGUUAACGAGGCGGCUGGGACGAUAAAUAGCCAGGACAACCCGUGCAAGACCUACUCUACCUACCCUAUUGAGUGCGUGCUCUGGAAGUGGGAUGUCCCAGGGACCGUGUGGGGCAAUCCCUACCUCGUGGUCAUGCCUGACAUUAUGCACCAGGCGGACCUGGGCAUCAUGAGCCACAUUGUGGCUGUCGUGCGCAAGAUGAAGAAGCGGCGUGUGAAGCAGAUGGACAGGUCAGUGUUGGAUGGGGGUUGGAUUCGUUGCUCUCGGCGCCUGUCACUCAUUCGCGACCGCACGCGCCUGAAUCACAUGCGCCUGCCGGAGAGCACCUACUUCGAGACCGGAGCCUGUGUCGCGGCCUAUGAGCACAGGGCCGUCAUGCAGUCUGCUCAUGCUGCCACCUCUUUUUCCCUACUCCUCACACCAUCUGCGCUCACCCUCUCCUGUGCUGCUAUCUAUGAACCUUGCAGGUCAUGGUGUGUUUUUUUUGCCGGCCUGCUUCGCCAGCCCCAGAUGGAUGCUGUUCGUGCCUACCUUGGCUGGUACCUCCUGUGCUCCCAGCCACAGGGGCACACUGAGCGGUCCCUCCGGGAGCUGAAGAAGAUGACCUCCAGGCUCGUUGAGCAGUUGCAGGCUGCCUUCCCCAAGCAGCCAUCCUCUUGGUGGCUUGUGAAAACACAUCUCAUGUCGCACUACAUCGACUCCAUUCGCCGCGCGGGUCAUGUGACCGAAUUCAGCACCAACAUGUUUGAGCACUUGCACGGUCCGUUGGUAAAGCGGAUUUACCGUCGGUCCAACAAGCGCAAUGUAGAUGGGCAGAUCAUGAAGUUCCAUGCUAGGCGCAUUCCGGAUGUGGUGCCGGUGGAUGAUCCUGCUGGCCGGGACACCGCCAUGUGGCAGGCAAUUGAGACCGACACACCGACACACUCCAUGUGGAGUUACCAGAAACCCCCACCUCUACCAACUGGUUUGCAAGGAAGGGCCAAGCAACACCCUGGUGCCCAAGCUGCCCUCAAGGAUGCGCUUAUACGUUCUGCAGGAUGCGUCACCAAGGUUCGAGCCUAUGCAUCGCUGGCAAUCCCUGCAGCAGACGACGCCAGCUUCUCAAGAGUUUCUCACUUCGUUCGAGCGACCCCUGACUAUUUUGAGAGGUCGUGGUACUCGAUGUUGCAGUGGAGGGUGUAA